AUGGAUAACAGUGAAGCCUCAAACAGUAAAGGAAAUCAGUCCCGAGCAAAUUCUCCAACUCAUGGUAUUGCAAACGGCGUUUUAUCACAAAUUCGUGAAAUGACAAAACUUGAUAAUUUUGAAACGAAUGUAGCAGUUCUGGAUUCUCUCAAGGAUGAGGCGUCGUCUACAAGAGAAACGUCAUUGUCCGAAAUGGAAGAAGAAAACAAAAAGCUGGAAAUUUCAAAUGAUGAGACUGUUAUAUUGCACACGUCACAAACAUUAUUCGAAACACCGGUUCAUUCGCAUGUCGAUACGAAUGUACUUCGCGUCUAUUAUCAUAAUUCAUGGCUGCAGAACAUAACCUCUGAAACACGUGCAACUAAUUGCAAAGUCUACAAACUUUCCAUAGAUGAACAUGGAGAUUUUGCAUAUCCGCGGCCACUGGAGGAAGAUCCUAUGGGAUGCUACAAGUUUCCACGGAUAACUCGCAGUAUACGGGGACAGUUCCCGGAUUUGAGAUACUACAAUUUUCCAAACGGAAACGAAGGAAUCGAGUCGUUUCCUCCAUCUUAUCGGAUUCCAGAAUGGCAGGCUCAUGCCGGCUGGCUUGGACCUCGACCAUUUUUUCGUGUGAAAUGGGGCUCCCCGUAUCCCUUUCAGCCGAGUUCUGUUUUGGAAAGCAAUGGAAACCGGUCAAGAAGAGCUCGAUUUGCCUCGAAACCAGUGAUUCCAAAAUCAUUUCGAUGUGAUCAUAUGCCUCAUUAUCACUACGUGUUCCCUCUAAACAUGCCACUUUAUUGCCGCGAAUUGACAGUGUUCAAUCAUAACACUGUUUCAGAAUAUAAUGGAGAUGGAAGUUCGUUUCACAGAGAUGCAUCAAGUUCCUCGCUAUCAAAUAAUCAACCAGAGGAUUUAGUGAUUCCAUUCAUCAGUCGGGUUGCACUAAAAGUCAAUCAACCAUUUGACAUGUUUCCGGGAAUCCCCACCUGGUUUUUUCAGUCGAUGUUAAACAAUUAUUAUCUUCCAAUUGGAUUAUUGACAUUUGCCGAUUUUCUGCUUUUGGCAAUGUAUCGAUGCAUUGAACUACAUUUGUUGGGGGAAAGAGAUGGUUUAGUGAAGGACAACAUUGACCUUAUGCUUCAUAUCGGAUUAGUGGCAUUUUUCAAUCAUUUAGUGAAUUCUGAAGACACCGACGAGGAGUCUGUUGAAAUCGACAUUGAAGUGAGUAUGAGGAGCUGA